UUUACGUUACAUAGUGUGUAUAGUUGUGUCAUAAGAUUGUCGAGGAUUUUUUUAGUGACGCGUACUUUUUUGAAAAUUUUUAAACCAAUAAUAUUAUCAAGAAAUGUCAUGAUGAAUAAUUUAUUGUGCUUUGGAUUAUUAUUGACGGCAUUUGCCGUUGAAAAAAUAGUAGCAUAUGAUUAUGAUUGUAAUACUCCGUUACUUUACAAAGCUCAAUUAAAAGCUACAUCAUAUACCAAAGGCGGUGAACCUUCAGAAGCUAAACUUUACGGCGUUAGCGCGUGGAGUGCUCUUGAUAGUUCUUACAAUCAACAUCUCAUCGCGGACUUGGGAUCACGAUGUGAGAUACGCAGCAUUGCAACACGUGGCCGUGCAAAUACUAACGAGUUUGUAACGGAAUAUAUUAUUGAAUAUUCCGAUGACGGGCAAGCUUGGACUAGUUAUGAGAGUCAAGAAGGCGUUGCAGAGAUGUUCAAAGGUAAUACAAAUGGAGAAUCCAUAAAACUAAAUAGAUUUGAAGUGCCUAUAAUUGCUCAAUGGAUUCGAAUAAAUCCUACUCGAUGGCACAACCGAAUAUCCAUGAGAGUUGAACUCUAUGGUUGUGAUUAUGUUUCCGAUGUCAUUUCAUUUAAUGGAACUUCACUGGUACGAAUGGAUUUAGUCAGAGAGCCCAUCGAAACCGAUCGUCAUUCCAUUCGUUUUCGAUUCAAAACCAACCAUGCUGAUGGAAUUUUGAUGUAUUCACGUGGGACACAAGGUGAUUUCAUAGCAGUACAGUUACGUGACAAUAAAUUGUUAUUAAACAUCGAUCUCGGCUCGGGAAUCACGACUAGUUUUUCGGUUGGAAGUCUUCUUGAUGACAACAUGUGGCAUGAUGUACUCAUUUCACGAAACCGAAGGAACAUUGCACUCUCUGUUGAUCGAGUGCUUAUCAAAGGACGAAUCAAAGGAGAAUUUCAUCGAUUAGAUUUAAACCGUGCGCUCUACCUUGGAGGAGUACCGAAUAGACAGCCAGGCCUCAUGGUAACUCAAAAUUUCACGGGUUGUCUCGAGAACUUUUAUCUAAAUAAAACGAGCUUAUUUCAAGAGUUGAAAAAUUAUGAAGCAGCAUUGGGAGAACAUUUACCAUUUGAUAGAAUUAAUGCAAUUUACGCCUGUCCAGAACCUCCUAUUGUUCCAGUGACAUUUUUAACGCCAAACAGUUAUGCUCGUCUACGAGGAUAUGAAGAAUCCACCGUAUUAAAUGUAUCUUUAUCCUUUAGAACAUAUCAAAAAGCUGGGUUACUUGUAUUCCAUUCAUUCCGUACUCCAGGGCACAUAAAAUUAUACUUGGAAAAUGGAAGACUAAAAGUUGAAAUAAUAACCAAAGGAAAUCCUGCAGCUAUUUUAGAUGACUUCAGUGAACAAUUCAACGAUGGAAAAUGGCAUCAUGUUAUUUUAACGGUUUCUAAAAACACUAUUAUAUUAAAUGUAGAUGAUAGACCGAUGCGAACCAAGCGGUUAUUAGAGAUCCAAACAGGUGCAUAUUAUUUUAUUGCUGGAGGUUUAGCAGAAACUACGAAAAAUGUUGGUUUUGUUGGAUGUAUGAGAAUGAUUAGCAUCGAUGGUAGCUACAGACUGCCAACUAAUUGGAAAAGAGAUGAAUACGAGAACGAUAUUGUUUUCGAUGCUUGUCAAAUGUUAGAUCGCUGUACUCCAAAUCCAUGUAAACAUAAUGGAAUAUGUACACAAACUGCUGAUGAAUUUGAGUGUAAUUGUUCCAACACUGGUUAUACGGGUGCAAUUUGUCAUCUGUCUCUGCAUCCACUAUCUUGUGAAGCAUAUAAAAACAUGAAUGCAGUCAACCAACAGGCAGACAUUAAAAUUGACGUGGAUGGAAGUGGUCCUCUUGAUCCCUUCCCAGUAACUUGCGAAUUUUAUGCUGAUGGACGCGUAAUGACUAUAGUUCGACACAGCAAUGAACUUUCAACACCUGUCGACGGAUAUGAAGAGCCCGGAAGUUUUGCACAAAUUAUUGAAUAUGAUGCUGAUUUUGAUCAAAUUGAAGCUCUUUUAAACCGCUCUAUCUCUUGUCGACAGAGAAUUAAUUAUGCCUGCAAGCAAUCUCGACUUUUUAAUACACCAGUUGACCAAAAUAGUGUUUUCCAACCAAACUCUUGGUGGGUAAGCAAAAGCAAUCAACAAAUGGAUUACUGGGGUGGUGCAUUACCUGGAUCGCGGAAAUGUGAAUGCGGUGUUUUAGGAAAUUGUAUUGAUCCUAUGAAAUGGUGUAACUGUGAUGCAGGACUUGAAGGAUGGUAUGAAGAUGGUGGAGAUAUUACGGAAAAAGAAUACCUUCCUGUUCGACAAUUACGAUUUGGUGAUACCGGUACUGCUUUAGAUGAGAAAGAAGGACGUUAUACACUUGGUCCUCUUAUUUGUGAAGGAGAUGAUCUAUUCAAGAAUGUAGUGACUUUCCGUAUUACUGACGCAACAAUAGAUCUUCCAACGUUUGACAUGGGACACAAUGGUGACAUUUACUUUGAAUUUAAGACUACAAUUCAAAAUGCAGUUAUAAUACAUAGCACUGGACCAGUAGAUUAUAUUAAAAUAUCAAUAAACAGCGGCAAUCAAGUACAAUUCCAAUAUCAAGCUGGAGGAAGUCCUUUGACAGUCAGCGUACAAACAUCUUAUCGUCUCGAUGACAACAACUGGCAUUCAGUUUCUGUCGAAAGAAACCGUAAAGAAGCUCGUAUUGUUAUUGAUGGAGCUUUGAAAAAUGAGAUAAGAGAACCUCCAGGUCCAGUCCGUGCAUUACAUUUAACAUCAGAGUUUGUCGUAGGUGCUUCAACGAAAUGGCGGGACGGUUUUGUUGGAUGUAUUCGAUCUCUUUUACUUAAUGGAAUACUUCAAGAUCUUCGCCAAUAUGCGAGACGUGGAACCUAUGGAAUAAAUGAAGGUUGUGUUGGAAAAUGUGAAAGUAACCCCUGCCUUAAUAAUGGAACUUGUCAUGAACGAUACGAUGGUUAUAAUUGUGAUUGUCGUUGGACGGCAUUCAAAGGUCCAAUUUGCGCGGAUGAAAUUGGAGUUAACAUGCAGCAAAACUCAAUGAUCCGCUACGAUUUUAUGGGUAAUUGGAGAUCGACAAUCUCGGAAAAUAUACGAGUUGGUUUCACUACCACUAAUGCAAAAGGAUUUUUACUAGGAUUAUUUUCUAAUAUUUCUGGAGAAUAUAUGACUGUUAUGGUUUCUAAUAGUGGACAUUUAAGAGUAGUUUUUGACUUUGGUUUUGAAAGACAAGAAGUUAUUUAUCCAUCUAAAUUAUUUAAUUUAGCUCAAUAUCAUGAUUUAAUUAUUAGAAGAAAAAAUUCAGGUGCUACUUUGGUACUGAUUGUUGAUAAUAAUGAGCCAAAAGAGUAUCAUUUUAAUAUCAAAACUUCUGCUGAUGCUCAAUUUAACAAUAUUCAAUAUAUGUAUAUCGGCCGGAAUGAGUCGAUGUCGGAUGGAUUUAUUGGAUGCAUUUCAAGAGUUCAAUUCGAUGAUAUUUAUCCAUUGAAGCUUCUUUUCCAACAGAAUGGUCCAGAAAAUAUAAAAACUUUAGCAGGAACUGCUACAGAAGACUUUUGUGGAGUUGAACCUGUCACUCAUCCACCAAAUAUUGUAGAAACUCGCCCACCUCCUCUUGUUGACCAAGAUAAAGUGAGAGCAGCUUAUAACGAGACAGAUACCGCUAUUUUAGGAAGUGUUUUGACUGUGAUUUUAAUUGCAUUGAUAAUCAUGGCGAUUCUUAUUGGAAGAUAUAUGUCAAGGCAUAAAGGGGAAUAUUUGACUCAAGAAGAUAAGGGUGCUGAGCUGGCAUUAGAUCCAGACUCUGCUGUUGUUCAUUCUGCCACAGGACAUCAAGUUCAAAAGAAAAAAGAAUGGUUUAUUUAGAUUACAUUUUAAUACUUAGCAAUAUUUUUUGGUACUUUUAACUGUGUUCGAUGAUUGUAUGAAGUAGAUUUAGUUUUCUAGUUGAAUAUUUUCUUCCAACAUUCAAAUUAAUUUUUUUUUAUAAUUUAUUUAUUCAGUAUUAGUUGUAAUUUUUACCGUCCAAAUAGCAUUUUGAGUUUAUUUUAUUUUUAAUCUAUUUUUUACAUAAUUUUUUUAUUUUUUAAAGAUUUUUUGUUUACUUACUAGCUAAAAUUAAAAAAAUUAUUUUAAAUUUUAUUUUAAUUUUCUUCUACUUUUCAUAAUCAACUUACUCGUAGUAUUUAGUCCGUAUGAACAAAUAAUUCUUAAAAUAAAUACUUAUAGUUGGAAUAACUUAAUUAAAUAAAAAAUUGUAUAUAUGCCAUUUUUAUAUGCGAAAAACUCCAUAAAUAAUU